AUGUGUGGGCUGACGAUAAAUUUCAAAGUCAUUGCUCUCAAUCAACAUGAAAGAGCAAGACAGAAAAAUGUUCAUGCAAAUUUCGUUACAACAUUUCACAACGUUUAUGGUAUAGUGGAAAAGACAAACUGCGAUAUGUGUCAACAUGUGUGGAAGGAAUUUCCAAUAACUCGUAACAAAAAUACACUCGAUUGGUUACAUCGUCAAACAAACAAAUAUAAAGCCACUCAGUAUAAGUUGGAGCAAAUAAUGUUUCUUUUAUUCAUGGAUAAAGAUGAGAAGAUUUAUGAAAUGACAAAUGACAAUACAUCAUCGUUGCUUAUUGUUUGUUGA